AAGGAGCCACAGGUACAACGACGAACGCGGCUGCAAUUAUAUUAUUAUUAUUUCUCCCGCUCCGUGGGCAUGCAAAUUUAUCCGGAAAUUUCCUAGAACUGACUCACCCAGAAUCCCGACGAGACCGCACAACAAGCCAUCUGCAAGAUGGACCAAAUGCUCAGCCCCAACUUCUCGAUUCCGAGCAUCGGAACGCCGCUCCACCAGAUGGAAGCGGACCAGCAGAUUGUGGCCAAUCCGGUGUACCAUCCUCCGGCUGUUCCGCAGCCGGAGCCCACCAUCCCACUGGCCCACAAGCAGAUGCAGAGCUACCAGCCAUCGACAUCCUAUCAGCAGCAGCAACAGCAACAGCUCCAGAGCCAGCCCGGCGAAGGAGGAAGCACUCCGCAGUCCAUGAUGCAGCCCCAGACGCCGCAGAGCAUGAUGGCCCACAUGAUGCCCAUGAGCGAGCGCAGUGUGGGCGGCUCGGGAGCCGGAGGUGGCGGAGAUGGCCUCAGCAACAUCCACCAGACAAUGGGCCCAUCCACGCCGAUGACCCCAGCCACUCCGGGAUCCGCUGAUCCCGGCAUUGUGCCGCAAUUGCAGAACAUUGUGUCCACGGUGAAUCUGUGCUGCAAACUGGACCUCAAGAAGAUUGCGCUGCACGCGAGGAAUGCCGAGUACAAUCCUAAGCGCUUCGCUGCCGUGAUUAUGCGCAUCCGAGAGCCCCGAACCACUGCCUUGAUCUUCAGCUCCGGCAAGAUGGUGUGCACAGGCGCCAAGAGCGAGGACGACUCCCGACUGGCGGCCAGGAAGUAUGCGCGCAUCAUUCAGAAGCUUGGGUUUCCUGCCAAAUUCCUUGACUUUAAGAUCCAGAACAUGGUCGGCUCCUGCGAUGUCAAGUUCCCCAUCCGCUUGGAAGGCCUGGUGCUCACCCAUUGCAACUUCAGCAGCUACGAACCGGAGCUGUUCCCCGGCCUCAUCUACCGUAUGGUGCGACCCCGCAUCGUGCUCCUCAUCUUCGUGUCCGGCAAAGUGGUGCUCACCGGCGCCAAGGUGCGGCAGGAGAUCUACGACGCCUUUGACAAGAUAUUCCCCAUAUUGAAAAAGUUCAAGAAGCAGUCAUAAAUAGGAUAGCGCUUUAUUAGUUCUGUACGUGUUCGUUUUAAGGUCGGCGGUAGUUCCGAAAGUCUAGAGUCGUGAGUGGGAGCAGCCUGGCGAGCAGCUCCGAUCGAAAGAAUAAACCACAAAAUAAGUUAGCUGUA